CCAAAUGUGAAAUGACCAAAUCGUUAAAAGGCAAAAAGAAACAAAAGUUUAUAAGUAAGAAAAAUCUAUCUACAUUCUCCACCUUCUCUCCGAUCUUCGGCCACCCUCCCGCCACCCCUAACGCCAACCCCCAUCUCCCACACCUAAAUUCCACGAAUUUCCCCCUAAUUAUCUGAGCUUCUAUACCUGUCUUCAAUUUCUAGGGUUUCUCGCUCUCCUAUUAUCCCCCGAUCUACUCAUCUUCCUUUCGCAUCAUUCUCUCUCAUCAAUUCUUUCGCCUUAUUCCCGAAAAUCGGAGAUGUUUGAUUAAAAUUCCAACAAAUUGGGAGGGGGUGAAAUAUGGGGUUCAGUUUAAGGAGCUGGAGUGGGAGGAAGGAGCAAAAUGAAGGAGAGAAAGAACUCACAGCUUUAUAUUUGAAUAUAUAUGAUCUCACCCCUGUAAAUGACUAUUUGUACUGGUUUGGCCUUGGAAUCUUCCAUUCUGGAAUUGAAGUACAUGGUAUGGAGUAUGGCUUUGGAGCUCAUGAGUAUCCAUCCAGUGGUGUGUUUGAGGUGGAACCUAGGAGCUGCCCUGGAUUUAUAUUUAGAAAAGCAAUACCUCUCGGUAGCACAGAUAUGUCACGCGCUGAAUUCCGAUCAUUCAUGCAGCACCUUGCUUCAAAGUAUCACGGGGACACAUAUCACUUGGUUGCCAAGAACUGUAACCAUUUUACUGAUGAAGUCUGUUCACAUCUUACUGGGAGGCCUAUUCCUGGAUGGAUUAAUCGACUUGCACGUUUAGCUGCAGGUUCGUUCUUCAAUUGCAUAUUACCAGAAAAUAUUCAGAUAGCAGCUGUUCGACAAAAUCCCGAUCAUAUAGCAGGCUCAGAGGAUGGGUCAGAAUCUCCGACGACAUCUGCUUCAUUUGAAAGUGAAGAGGAGAUUGAUGAUCCUGAUCAUCAUCUGCUAACUACUCCCACAGCAGAUGUUGCAUUUUUACAGGAAAAACCAGUUAGAAUGGCCAGAGAUAUGGUGUAGAUUUCUUUCUCCCCUCACUAUAUGGCUCAAUUCAUCCUCUAUUUUAUAAUUUGUUGUGGGUUGUAGAAUUAAAUUAUGCCCUCAAGUGUACCAUAAUGAUCAUAUAUACUCAUUUGAUUGUUUCGUAUAACCUCGUAAGAUUACGUGCUUCUCCAGAUGCUACGAGGAUGUUAGUUAGUAAGUAUUCUUCCUGCCUUGUGCAUCUAUAUAGGUUACUACCAAGUUUGUAAAAUAUUUUUGUUUUAUGGCAUACACUUGUACUCUAGCUUGUGGAUAUCAAGACUAUGACGAGUAAUCUCUUUUCGAAUCA